AUGCUUUCUUUUAUCCUCAUUCAGAACCGACAGGGCAAGACUCGUCUGGCCAAAUGGUACGCCCCUUUUAGCGACGAGCAGAAGAUUAAGCUCAAGGGCGAAGUCCAUCGUCUCGUUGCGCCUCGCGAUCAAAAAUACCAAUCCAACUUUGUCGAAUUCCGCAACAAUAAGAUCGUCUACCGCCGCUACGCCGGUCUCUUCUUCUGCGCCUGUGUCGACACAAACGAUAACGAGCUCGCCUUUCUCGAAGCUAUUCACUUCUUCGUCGAGGUCCUCGAUGCCUUUUUCGGAAACGUCUGUGAGCUCGAUCUUGUCUUCAACUUCUACAAGGUCUAUGCGAUCCUCGACGAAGUAUUCCUAGCCGGCGAGAUCGAGGAGACGAGUAAACAAGUUGUGCUCACGCGGUUGGAGCAUCUCGAUAAAUUAGAAUAA